AUGUCGAACGACAAUGGCAAAAACCCUAUGCCUAACGACAAGGACAACGAUGAUCUUGUUUUCACCGCUUUCAAGAAUAUGGAUCUCUAUGGCAAAGAUCAUAACGUUCUAUCAGGACUGUUGGGCAUGACGACGUGUUCAGAACGUUCCUGUGAGUUCCAAAAGUUCCUCCAACGUCUCGAUACGUAUCCAACGGCUGAGAGGGAGAGCCACUUGUUUGAGAUAGGAUCAUUGUUAACCACAAACAACUGCGCUUUUCUUGACUUGGCUACGAACCAAAGCGGCUCGCAUGCUUUACGAACCCUCUUUAGACGCAGCCCUGCCUUAGACCAUCUCAUAUUCCUCUCUGUCUCUAUGAACUUCUUCUCGCUCAUGACCAGUAAGUACAGUCGUGGCUUGAUCAACUCGGCUAUACGAGUCGUCGAUAAAACCAAGAAAGAGACGCUCUACAAGCUCACUUACGAAUGCACUCUAGACCUCGCCAGGGUAGAAACCGGUUGCCUUGCCCUAAACGAGGUGUUUCAAGAGAUCAGAGGCAAAUACAGAGACCUAAUCUUCAAGCGAGUCGCCAAGAACGCGGACUGGUUAUCUUUUGAUCACUACGGAACACACGUUGUUCAGAACUUUCUGACACUUGAGAACCCGGGUGCAACAGCCGCAAUCGCGGAGAGGCUCUGUGGAUGUUUCUUCAGGUUGGCCAAGGAGAGACAAGGAAGCUAUGUGGUGGAGAAGUGUCUCAAGUCGUGUUUUGCGAGAGAGAUAGUGUUGGAGGAGUUUAGAGGGAAUGAUCAAGAAUGGGUGAGAAUGGCCAAUGACAAGUUUGGCAACUUUGUGGCACAGUGUGCGUUGAAAGUGAUGAAGGAGGAAGGAAUGACUCCAUUGUUGAGAGAGUUUAUUGAGAAGCUAAGACCUUACUUUUGUACGAUGAAGAUUGGGUAUGGGAAGAAUAUAGUAAGACUGAUUCAAGAAGAUAUCGAGAGAUGUCUUUAG